CCCCAACAGAAUGAGUGAUAACACUUUGAUGUAUUAUUAUUUAAAAGGAAUGCAAGCAGCUAACAUUAAUGUAAACACAGUUUCAGUGUGUUUUUACUUCAGUUUUUUAUGUCUUCCAUUGGCAACAUUUACAAAGUCUACAUUUGUUUGUUAUAUUGUCACGAGUGUACUUGGAAACUGCUUUGAUAAAUUUACUAGAUCUAAAAUUUUGUGCUCAUUCAAGAUAUUUAUAUAAUGAAGUUAGUUUCAAGUUUAUUUUUGUUUUGUUUUGUGGGUAUACACAAUUCCGAUUGUCUGACUUUGGACAGAGUGAAAACUGGAUUGAGUAAUUCUGCUCAAUUUGUGGGCUGUAAGUUUCACAAUUUAAAGGAACGUUUAAACCAUGGAGGUGAUUAUGAAAAUUGUACAAUGCCUGAAAAAGCAGCAACAGAGAAAUCAGGAGUGAAGGUCAAGAUUAAUAAUGCAGUAAUGUUUGUUAAAUGUAAAAUCCACAAAUUGCAUGAAGGAAUUUUCCAUCACGACUCAAAAGAUUGCAUUGAAGAUGUUUCCAAUACUACUGAAGGUGUAAAUGAAGCCAGACAGAGUGAUAAUGACGAUUCACAUGUUGUCACAAGUGAAUAUCCAUUAAUAGAUAUUAGAUCAAAUUUUUCUCCCGAAGACGCACAACAAAAUGCAAUCAUAGAACCAGUUACCAAACCCAAAUAAUUGUAAUAAUAACAAAUUUGAUUAAGAAAGUUUUAAUAUGAAAACCGUCCACCUGGACACUAUGACUAUGGUACUUGUAAAGAUUAUUUAAAAGCUGUAUUUGAAUAAAAAAAUAACAAUA